UCGAUGUUGUGACGCAUGCGCGUCUUCGACCCUUCGGAGCCGGAUAGUGGAGCCGGCGCUGCACAAAGCGAGCACCCGCCGCCGCCGGCACGCACUGACCCGGCCCAACAUACAUGUACCGCGACCACCGAACACAUUUGCGACGCACUGCCAUCGCCUUCCACUUAAAACGAGCAUGUGAUAAAUCUAAACGCUAAAACGUAGCGUCUCGUAGUGUUUGUUUUGUAGCUAUCACAAAGUUAUCAUGUACAAGACAGUGAGACAUGGUGAGAACAGUCUGCAGUAUACUAUCCUGCCGCAGACGGAAGAGGUGUUGAGCAACAGCGGCCUCAAGGGCAAGGGGCGCGACUACAGCCCCUCCAUCCAUGUCCGUCGCUCGCGGAGGAGGUCUACAUUGAAAUAUGUUUUACUGGUAGUUUUCGGAAUUGUUGUCGCACUGGCUCUGGCGUCUGUUCCGCUCUAUAUCAUGAAUGCAGCUCUGUACGCACGAAGAAAUUUGCAAGAUCAUCACGAUAUUGGCACGUCUGCUCCUCUGGCUCCCACCGGCCGGGAAAUAGUCAAAUCGAGAAAGAAGGAACUCCAGUUUUUGCCUGAAUUCAUAACUACGGCAAACACCAAACUUGACACCACCACGCCAAUUUUUGUAUCGUCUCCUACUGUUCUCACGACAGUUAUCCGUGAUCGUGCGACUACUCCGCCGUGGACGAUGCCCGCAUUGAGGUCUUGGAAGGGAUUAACUCCCGCAACGACGCUGCGGCCAGCACCCACAGAAAAUAUAGAACAAAUUCCCUUAAUCGGCACUCCGUCGGGCAGCGUCCGCUUGUUGGAUAACUAUAUGUCUGUGAAACCCUGGGAGAAGGACAUAAUUAUAAGACCAACAGUUACCCCGGAACCGAUGACCGUUCGAAACAUAUUUAAGUAUUACUCCCAACCUAUUGUUACGUCGGAUAAAUCGAUUACGACUAAUAUGAAAGUGGAUGAUGUGUUAAUCACGACCAGGGCGACUUCUACACCAUCUCCACUAAUAACGGAGUCAACAACGACGUUGCCGUUACUUGAAGACGAGCAAUCUUUGGAAAUCGAUGACGUGUUCUCGCUGUCUACAUUGAAGGGAGACCCGGGAUUGUCCGAACCCGUCGUUGACUCUGAUGAAGUGAUAAUAGCUAAAGCGACACGUGGCUUGUACGGAGCUAGGUGGCCAUUCGUCGAUCCUUCGUCUUAUUUCCAAUGGACGGGUUAUACUUUGACGGACAAUCUGUUGCUCCCUCUGCUUGUAUCUACUCUGUCGUCUGUUAUCCUCGUGUUGCUACUGGCUGUGGCGGUACGUCGCCGCAAGAGGACGACUACAGCUUCCGCACAGAUUGGGAAGUUAACUGCUGAUCUUCAAGAUGAUGUUACUAACCUUCUGCAGGCUGAAAAUCCAGAAGACGCCGAGGAAUAAACUACCUAAACCAAUUCGCUUGUUCAUGUAGCUUCCAAAGUACAAGUAAAGUUAUGCCUUAUGUACAAUUGAAACAAAGCUCAUAAUCCCUGUUGUACAUUAGGCAUCAGAGCACCGUAUAAUUUAUCAGCUAAUUCUGUAGUGUUGAAAUCACAAAAGACAGUCAUAUCCGCAUAGUCUUCUAUAUACUGAGGUUUCAGUGCCUAUUGUGUGUAAAUAUACGGUUUGUAGGACCUCCGUCGCUAAGGUCCAAGAAAUGGUUUGCAUAUUCAGAGAUACGAUAUAAUAUUGUGUAGGUAAGUAUAUUUUGUAAUCGCAUUAGAUAUUGAAAUGUAAUUUAGAUAUGUAAUGUGUCAAAUGCCAAAGUUGCUAAAAUUAUUUUUGUUACAAAUUGUAAUCUACAUUCGUAAUUUUUAAUAACGUUUGGCUGACAUUGCUGGGUAGAUGUAAACAGUGAAAUAGACUUCAUUCCAUUUUCAAAUUCCAUCAUUAAUAUAGCGUGAUCAUGAGCUUGCUAGACAGUUUUUAUUGUCGCUAAUUUUAUUUUCUAUGUAUAAAUAUUAAAUACCUGUUAGACAUAAAUAGCAGAUGUGCUAUGUAUAUCAUAUCUCUGAAAUCUCGAAUAUACGACUCGACAGUAUUAACUAAACCCUGUGGUAUAUAUUUAAUUCUACAUAGACGUACAUAUAUGUGUAGUUACGGUAGGCUAAGUUUAAUAUCGAUCUUGAUGUUACUCUAUGUCGCAUCCUAUUUGUGCAUUUCUAAUUAUUCAUGUAUCUAUGGCACGUUUUAUACGCUGCGACGGAUUCAAAGAUGGCGUCGCAAAGCGCGGGAAAAUACAGCCCUCGUUAAACAAAAGGUCUUCGUAGCAAUCACGCGAUUGCUUUACUUUUACCGCAAGCGAUUUACUAGUUUCCUACAUUGACAAUAGGUUUGCAUUUGAAGUUUUUCUCGAAUGUUCAUCGCAUAAUGUUCCUUAAAAUUUCAAUCUAAAGAGAUGCAGUCGUUUGCUUCAUCUGUAUUUAUUCUUUCCAUAUUAUAGAAAUAAGACUGAUAUGUUGCAUUUUACUAUAGUGCGUUUACUAAGUUUAUAAAAAGGAGUGCUAAAACAAAGAGAAAAAUUGUGGGAGGAGCAUUAGACAAAUGUGAUAAAUGUAUUAGGUGAUUCAAAUUUUUUUUAUUUCAUUUAAUUACAACAAGAAAGUAUCUUUACAUAUUAUUUCCGUUUCCGUACAAUUUCAUAUCAAAGAGUACGCAGUUUAAAUAUACACAGAUUAAAAAUGUAAGAUGUGAUGUCAAAAAAUAUUUCAGAAACAUGUGAUUUGAAAUUGUUUGCGCGCUUCUGAAGUUAUGAAAAAAAAGGUGUUUAUAUUUCAUAGUUACCCGAGUAAUAUUUUUAUUAGGUAUUCAAAGGUCUUCUUGUCUGGUUUUAUAUAUGGAAGUGUUGAAUAUAUUUUACAGUGUACGUAUAUAACCAACGUAUCGCACGUAUUGAUAGUAUUUAGGUACCGGUUUAGCUUGUGACGAGUUUCAUGUUAAGGCAGAGUGGUUAUUUUUUACGCUGGACAUCCACCAUGUAUAUAUGCAAAGAAAUAAAUUAU